CCCUCCGAGGCCCGCCCCUCGGGGCGCUUCUUCCGGGUGGGGCCCGGGGCAGCAGCGAUGGCGCCCUGGGCGCUCGUUAGCCCUGGGGUGCUGGUCCGGACCGGGCACACCGUGCUCACCUGGGGGAUCACGUUGGUACUCUUCCUGCACGAUACCGAGCUGCGGCAAUGGGAGGAACAGGGAGAGCUACUCCUGCCCCUCACUUUCCUGCUCCUGGUGCUGGCCUCCUUGUUACUCUAUCUGGCUGUGUCACUCAUGGACCCCGGCUAUGUGAACACUCAGCCUCAGCCUCAGGAGUCCAAGGAUGAGCAGAUGGCCAUGGUUCCUCAGGCUAUCCCACUUCGGCGAUGCAGAUAUUGCCUAGUGCUGCAGCCCCUGCGAGCCCGACACUGUCGUGACUGCCGCCGCUGCAUCCGUCGCUAUGACCACCACUGUCCCUGGAUGGAGAACUGCGUAGGCGAACGAAACCACCCACUCUUCGUGGCCUAUCUGGUGCUGCAGCUGGUGGUGCUCCUGUGGGGCCUGUACCUGGCAUGGUCUGGCCUCCGGUUCUCCCAGCCCUGGGGGCUGUGGCUGCGCUCCAGCGGGCUCCUGUUUGCCACCUUCCUUCUCCUGUCCUUGUUCUCACUGGUGGUCAGCCUGCUUCUGGCCUCACACCUCUACCUGGUGGCCAGCAACACUACCACAUGGGAGUUCAUCUCAGCACAUCGCAUCGCCUACCUCCGCCAGCGCACCAGCAACCCCUUCGACCGUGGUCUGACUCGAAACCUGGUCCACUUCUUCUGUGGCUGGCCCUCCGGGCCCUGGGAGAGCCUCUGGGCUGAGGAGGAGGAGGAGGAGGAGGAGGAAGGCAGCAGCCAGGCUGUCUAGGGUCACCGCUGAGAAAGCUGCCGUUGUGCCUAAAAAGCAGAAGCUGUACCAACCAGGAAUCCGCCCUAGAGCACCAGGGCUCCCAGCCCUCAGCAGCAGCAGCCAGAAUCCCUGCCUCCCCCAGAGGAUGGGGAGGAGGGUGAUAAAAGUAGGGGAACCUGGCACAAGGGACCCCAAAGUGCACUUGUAUCCACUUGGCUGGACUACCUGUAGUGUAGUUUUAUUAAUUUAAUAGUCUAUAAAGUCAAGUAUUAAAAGACAAACCAUGCCUUGC